CUUGACCUAGAUAAUCUGGCGGGAGUUCGCAUCCGUACGCCAAAUUGGCUGUUUCGUUGGAAUUAGCAGGAAAAUAUUUCAUAGAAAUACUACAUACAGAGAGACAGUAUGGGUCGAAAAUCUAACAAGGAGUCAUCAAAGGCCAAAGAAAAGAGACUAAAGAGAAAAGAGGAAUCGUCCAGAAUAGCUGCUUCUCAAGCUGUGUGUGAUGCAGCAAAUAAGUUAGAAGAUCCCAUGGCUACAUUACAACCAUUCAAGACAUUCGACAGAAAUGGCUUAAAGGUCACAAUAGAAUGCAAAAGAGUGACAGAUUUGGACAGAGAUACAAUAGAUUGGGCCUUCCAGCUCACCAAGGACAACAUGCAAAAGAUGUAUGAAGACAGUGACUGGGGGUGGAAUGAUAAGGAUAAGAGGGAUGAACUUACUGAUGAGGCAGCGUGGUAUCUCCUUGCACGCACUGAUGAUAACAAACCUGUGGCCUUCAUACACUUCCGAUUUGACCUGGAGGAAGAAGUGGAAGUAUUAUACUGUUAUGAAAUUCACCUUAAUAAAGAAGUCAGAAGGAAAGGUCUUGGAAAGUUUAUGAUGCAGAUAUUAGAGCUCAUGGCAUUCAAAACUCAGAUGAAGAAAGUGAUGAUGACCGUUUUAAAAAUGAAUGAAGGAGGGCAGAAUUUCUUUGUGAAAACUCUCAAAUAUGCCAAGGAUGAAAUCUCACCAGAUGAUACCCUUUUUGAGGAACCUUUUGCUUAUGAUAUUCUCAGCAAGCCAGUGGGACAGAGGAAACCAUUACAGCAACAAAGUCAACAGCAGGCAUCUGCUUCAGCAGUGGCUGCUUCCUAACAGUUCUCAAUCACCGUCUUGAGAGUACAAAACUUGUAGAUAGUGUAUAAAAUUUUCUGCAUAUUUAUUUUGGCAGUUUUUAACAACUUUUGGGAAAUUGUAAGUAUAUUUGUUUUUGUUAAUUGAUUUUUUAUGGGGUACCUAUACAAACUUGUGUUCUCCGAUGCAUGAGACACAGAUGUGUGGAUAGAAUUUCUCAUAGUCCUCUAGCCUAGUUACAUGAUUAAGUAUUCUUGAAUGCCUCCGAUUUUUAAAAAUCAGUUUCUCUGUCAUUUAUGUUAGAUGUGAUGAUAAAACUUUUUUCCAAUAAUCAUUGAAAAUUGAGGUUUUGUUAUGAUUUUGGAUAAUUAUGAAAAAACAAUGCAGAUGAUCAUUGUAAGCAAUACAAAUACUGUAUAGGUUGAAAUGCAGCAUUGUUAAAUACUUAGAAAGAAUAAAUAUGAGCAUAAGUGCAUGCUUUA